GGAGUUCCACCACACCAGAAAAUCUCCAAAAAAUCCAAAAGAAUAGGAAGCUCAACAGUAGAAGGAGAAUGCAGCAGAGUCUAUACUAGUAUUGGCCCCUCACCAGAGGAAGAGACGGCCAUCAUGGUCUCCGCGUUCACCUAUGUAUUAUCCCAAGGUAGCGGUGGUGGCAAAGGGAGCCAAGACUCCACAUUGCCUCUUCUUGAAAGUUCUGCAGCUUCUUCCACUCCAACCCCUCCCACGCAGAGUCAGCCUGUAUUAAUCGCACUCGGUGCGGAAAAGGAGAAGAAGAAGAAGUAUAGGGGCGUCCGACAGAGGCCAUGGGGAAAGUGGGUGGCUGAGAUUAGGAACCGUAACAAAAGAGCCAGAGACUGGCUCGGGACAUUCAAUACGCCAGAGGACGCUGCACAGGCUUACGAUAGAGCGGCGAUGAGGUUACAUGGGCCGCGCGCAAAGCUUAAUUUCCCAUCUCUGGAAGAAUCUCCCAAUGACCGUAUGGCGUAUGAACAAGGACAGCAGCAGCAGCCGCCUAAUCUGGUGGGGCCUAGUCGGGACCCGCCUAAUGCAACAGUUGAAAAUCAACUAGAGAAUAAUACGUGGGACAUAUUUGGAGAGGCGGAAUUAGGAGACUGGUGGAUCAUUAUGAACGAUGGUGAUUUCCCCAAGUGACUGAAUCAACUGCUGCUACUACAGGAAUCUUUGACCUACGUACGGAUAUUAUUUCAGUUUUGUUUGUUACCGGUUUUGUCUGUUAAUUACGUUGGUUGAGCGCUAACACUGUAUUGUGCGGCGCUUACAACAAUAAAAGUCUGUGGCCUACCAUAUUCUGUCUGCGUGACAUCCGCUCUGUCUAUCAAGUGCGCUCCAAGAUAGUAGGAACUGGGACAAAAAUAAGUUAAUUAAAGAAAACAGAUUGCAGCUCAGGUGGGCCUCACCACAAGGAAGAAUGAAGAUGUUACCCCAAUCAUAGGUUGGAUUGUAGGGUCGCCGAUGUUUAUAUCUUUCAUCAAACCGGUUUUUCAUUUGGUUUGAAUCACAUAAUAAAUGGAAGAUAUAAAAAUCAAAGUGAUUGAAAACUCAAGUGGGUCACAAAAAAUUUUAGGCACUUGUUCCUAUUGGUUUGCUCUAUUUAAGUUUUUUAUUGUUAUGUUGGAUAA